GCUUGCUGCCUCAGUAAAUCUAAUACUAUGCUUUCCAGGCCGCAGAAAAUCUAAAGUCACGUCCAUUGAUCAUUAACGAUUUGGACUUUAGUGCUUUUCAUGCAGAAGAAUUCGAACAAGACCCUCUCGUAAUGGCUCGAUUAGCUCAGAUGGCCCAGGAUAAGGGAAUGCUGCCAAGUGGGAGACCUGGAGUGAAUGGUGGACCUCCUCCUCCACCGCCCCCCGGCGGAAUCCCGCUUCCACCGAGAUUACAAGGUCAGGGUGGAAGCAUACCUCCCCCUCCUCCUUUACCUGGUGGUGUUCCUCCUCCUCCUCCUCCAAACUUCAAAAGAGAAACUAGCCCAGGUCCAUCCACCGGAAAAGGCGUCAUUAAGCUGCAUUGGAAACCGACAUCAGCUGAACCGCCGCCAGUGCCAUCGUUAAAACAGAAAGGAUCGUUUUGGAACAAGUUAGAUCAGCCUCAGAUAGAUGCACACAAACUCGUUCAACUUUUUGAAACAAAACAUAAUAAAGAAGUCACAUUGAAGUUACUAAGAAUGAAAUCAGAAAUCAAUCGAUACGAAGCCAGCAGUGUUGCAAGUGUUGUCCAUGAAGCGUUCUCAAGCUAUUAA